AUGAGCCUACCUGACCGCUCCGACUCGGCGCUGCCGACGCCGCUGGCAGCACCGCCGGCGCCAUUAGCGCUGGUGGUGGCGCGCCACUUACCGCAAGACCACCUCCAUCAACCAGGUGGCGACAUCGCCCACCAGAUUAUUAGCGACGCCCGCGGCGCCAACGCUCAUUCCGCUACUAAUAGCGCCGCCAUUAACGGCAACUACGGCGCCAUUAGCGCCAUCACCGGAGCCGCAGCCGUCGCGGGCGGUACAGGCGCUAAUGGCGCCGAUCUGAGCGACGGGCGCAGCGUCCACUCGUCGGCGCCGCUGGCGCCGCUGCUGGUGCGCCGGUCGCUGCUGUUCAGCGCCGUCCACGACGCCCACCGCCGCGAGCUGACGGCGCUGGAUAUCAACGUCGUCGGCGGCUUCCGGCGGGACUUUUUGGUGAAUAAAUACCGCCAGCACCACCGGCGACCGCCGACGUUUUUAGCGGAGAAUUUCCUUCAGUUUUUACUGCUUUACGGCCACUUUGCCGGGGAAACGCUUGACGAUGAUGACGAUGAUGAUGACGUAAGUGAAGAUGGCCAUUACGUAAGCAGUCCCCCCGACGACCUGAGCGUAUUUGAUGAUACCGACGAGACGCUGGCAUUGUUAACAGCACCGCCAUUACCUCCGGGGGUGCCUAAUUUAACUCCUAGCCACCAACGCAUCGCCCUGUAUAGUCGCCACUCACCAGCCACUGGUGGCGCUACCAUGUCAAGUGGCGCAGCACGGGCGGCAGCACGGGCGCUGGUGGCUAAGACCUAUUUCCUCGUAUUUAAACUGCUUGUCGGUCUGGGCGUGUUAUUCCUUCCUCGUGCGUUUUAUAACGGUGGUUUAGGCUUUUCCAUCGUCACGUUAACCGUGUUUGGCGUCAUCACUAGUUUCUGCUAUAUGGUGCUUAUUGGCGCCAAACGGGCUACGGGAUUGGCUCUGUUUGGUGAGUUAGCCUAUUCUACCUAUGGCGCCCCCUUGAAAUGGUGUGUUACAGCCCUGAUUGUCGUGUCUCAGGUGGGGUUUGUCGGAACUUAUUUAUUAUUCACUUCCGAAAAUAUCGGCGAGUUUUUGCGUUACCAUCUUGGGGAAAGGGCUCCGGGCCUGUGGGCGAUCUUUGUCGCUCAAUUUAUCAUCCUUGUACCCUUAGUAUUGAUCAGAAACAUCGCUAAACUUUCGCUUGUGCUGAUGGUGCUGCUGGCGUGUAUUGUCAUUGGUCUAGUGAUCAUCACCUAUUUCUGCUGUGCUCAGUUAGUUGACCACGGGUUCGGGCCUAAUAUUCGUCAAUUUAACCCUCAGAGCUGGACAAUGCUUGUGGGAGUGGCAGUAACCGCUUUUGAAGGUAUUGGCCUUAUAUUACCGAUAGAACUGGCCAUGUCGCAACCAGAACGGUUUCCCGAAGUGCUCGCGGUACUGAUGCUGGUAAUCACGGCGUUAUUUGUCGGUGUUGGCACAUUAGGGUAUACUGCGUUUGGCGAUAAAGUAGCUCUGAUCAUCAUAUUAAACCUCCCCGGGGGCUCGUUUUGGGUCCAGUUGAUUAUGGUAUUAUACAGUGUGGCAGUGGUACUCACCGCUCCAUUGCAAUUGUUCCCCGCGAUCCGUAUUGGCGAGCUGGUACUCUUCCACCCGAGGCGUAGUACCACUACGGGGAGGCUUUAUACUCCACUGGGGAAACGCAAUCCGCAAGUGAAAUGGCGGAAAAACUUAUUCCGGGUGGUGGUGCUUGUCGCCGUGUGUGCUGUCGCCUACGCCAACGCCGAUAACAUUGACAAGUUUGUCAGUAUCAACGGGUGCUUUGCCUGUAUCCCCUUGGUGUACAUCUACCCGCCGCUUAUUCAUAUCCGCACCAUAAACAAACAGAGGCGGGAGAGGACGUGGGUGUAUUACUGCGACUACGUGGUGGUGGCAUUGGGAGGGUUGGUGAUGGCGUACUCGGCCUACCAGCUCUUCUUCCUCAACUAG